AUGAGUGACAACAACACUAUCGAUGAGGAUGUUCUGAACAUCGACGACAUCACAGAAGACGAUGCGGAUCUCUCAGCAAUUGAGGGCGAUUUGAAUGAGAUUGAAGAGGAACAAAAAAAGCUGAAAGCAAUCCAAAAUGAGAUGGUCGGGCACAUGAACUUGAACACAAGCAGUCAAAGCAACUCGACACAGUCACUGCUUACGCCAGAAGAGAAAGCAGAAGCAGAUGCAAAAUCGGUGUACGUCGGAAAUGUUGACUAUGGAGCAACUGCCGAAGAAAUAGAACAACACUUUCACGGAUGCGGAUCCGUAGCUCGAGUCACAAUUUUGUGUGAUAAAUUCAGUGGUCAUCCAAAAGGAUUCGCUUAUGUUGAAUUCACCGAGAAGGAUGGAAUGCAGAACGCGCUUGCAAUGACAGACAGUCUUCUUCGCGGACGACAGAUCAAGGUUGAUCCAAAACGAACGAACAGACCCGGACUGUCAACGACAAACAGACCUCCGUUCCGAGGACGUGGUGGGCGUGGUCGUGGAAACGUUAUUGUGAAAUAUGUCUACGGGGGCGGCUUCCGCCCAAGAGGUCGUGGAGCAAGAAGACGUCCAGGAUUUGCGCCGUAUUAA